AUGGGUACACCACUUACAGAAACGGUUAUUAUUACUGGUGGAAAUGGGUUAUUGGGUUCAGAGAUUGCCGUCGAGAUCGCAAAGAAGCAACCUUUCGUCCAUCUAUCAUUGACAGCACGAGAUAUAAGGACCGACGACGUCCGCGAACUGAUGGGGAAGAUCCGCUUGGUCGGCCCGAGGUCGAUCGAGGUCCUUGCUCUUGAUCUGACCGAUCUGAAAUCCGUGGCGUCUUUCGCCAAAACUACAGUCGAUCGUGUUCGCUACAGAGAGAUUCCGCCUGUGACUAGUCUGAUUCACUCUGCUGUCGCUACAUCUUACGUUAUUGAUGACCUCACAUCAGACGGCUACGACCCUGUGUAUCAGACCAAUUGUCUAUCUCCAUUUUUAUUGACCAUUGGACUGCUCGAGGCGUUCCGGGCUGGAGAUGGUACACCGAAAGGCGGAGCUAAAGUGAUCAACAUUGGCUGUUCUGCGAUAUCUUCGGGCAGAUUGGAUUACUUUGAUCGCGACAAUGGAAGAAAUGGAAGACGACCGGGAACUGCGCUGAGCGCAAAGGAAGAGAAUAUUCGUUUUGGAAGCAGCAAGUUAAUGGCGAGUGUCGCAUUAUAUGCAUUGAGGCGGAGCUUGAUCUGGACCGGUAAUAUAUCGAUUGACGUCUUCACCUUGGAUCCAGGUGGCAUAACUGGACCGAGUAAUCUACGAACCGGGGCGCCUAUGUCAGUCAGAGUCGCACACCAGACUCGGUCCGGGCUUCGGCCAUUCCUACGCAUGGUAUCCCGAAGCUCCAUGAACAAAGUCAGUGUUCCAGCCAAGGCAAUCACCAGAGUUGCAUUCCACGUCGACGCGGUGGAGAAUUGGCAAAAGGAACGGUACUUUAUUCUCGACUCCGAUUACGAAGCCGCAUCCGUCCUGCCCAGCUUGCGUGAUGAGAGACAAGUGAACAAGCUAUUACUGCAGAUGAUGCAAAUGAUUGAUGUGGAAACAAAGGAUUCUCCUCCUGUUCGACCUCAAUUGAUGAUGAACCGACACGUUCUUGAAAAAGGCUACUCUGCCUACCCCAGGGGAUCUGCAUUUUCAAUCUCACCCAACAGGUAUGCCGACUCCGAGUUAAUCGCCUCGCUUUUCAUCUUCCGAACUCGCAGCCCUGUCGUCAUGAUCGUGAAGCUUGAAAUCAAGACUGACAAGUAUACCGCCCCAGGUUCCAGCCUCCGCCUCUGCCUCCUUGGCGCGGUGUCGCUAGUGGUGUUCCUCUUGAUUUUCCCAUCCUGGCGCGCCGCCAUCCUUCCCAGCAUCUCGCUCGGCCUUCUCUCAUACCCCGGAGAUCUACACCUACAAACGGUUCGGUAUUAUGAUUUAUCAGAAGUCCAAGGGACGGAGAAAGGUUGGGAACGCGGAGAGCGUGUACUGAUGUGCACACCCCUCCGAGAUGCCUCAUCGCACCUCCCGAUGUUCUUCUCACACCUUCGAAACCUCACAUACCCGCACCACCUAAUUGAUCUGGCAUUUCUGGUAUCUGAUUCUCGGGAUGACACACUAAAUAUGCUGUCGCACAUGUUGGAGGAGAUACAAAAUGACCCGGACCCGAAAAUGCCCUUUGGGGAGAUCUCCGUGAUUCAGAAGGACUUUGGACAGAAAGUCCAACAGGACGUGGAAAGUCGACAUGGAUUCGAGGCGCAGGCGAGCCGACGUAAGCUGAUGGCACAAGCGAGGAAUUGGCUGCUGAGCGCGACGCUGCGCCCAACCCACAGCUGGGUUUACUGGAGAGAUGCGGACGUGGAGACUGCUCCGUUCACAAUCAUUGAGGAUCUAAUGCGACACAACAAGGAUGUCACAGUCCCGAAUGUUUGGCGUCCGCUUCCAGACUGGCUUGGCGGAGAGCAACCUUAUGAUCUGAACUCCUGGCAAGAAUCUGAGACUGCAUUGGCGCUUGCGGAUACUUUGGACGAGGAUGCUGUCAUCGUGGAAGGGUAUGCCGAGUACGCCACAUGGAGACCUCACCUUGCUUACCUCCGCGAUCCCUACGGCGAUCCAGACAUGGAGAUGGAGCUGGACGGGAUCGGAGGUGUUAGUAUCCUUGCGAAAGCCCGGGUUUUCCGUGCUGGUGUGCACUUCCCAGCCUUCAGUUUCGAGAAACAUGCCGAGACGGAAGGGUUUGGCAAGAUGGCUAAACGGAUGAAGUUCUCGGUGGUUGGACUACCACAUUACACUAUUUGGCAUCUAUACGAGCCCAGUGUCGAUGACCUUCGACAUAUGGAACAGAUGGAGGUGGAGCGACUGGCUCGCGAAAAGGAAGAACAAGAGCGAGCCGAGCAAAAGGACAACGUCCAGUCCAAGCCCCUGGGUACAGAUCAAGAUGUGGAUGGCGCAGAAGGACACGGUUCUACUGAAGACCUGGCUGGCCAGCCCGUGAAAGCCGUUGAUUCUACUCAGGGUCACUUGAAAGCCCAAGCUGAGACAGUCGACCAAGCCGAGAAAGUCGAAGUAGUUGAGAAAGCCAAACUAUGA